CAUUCGACCAGCGGAAGUAGCACCAGCACCAGGCCUGCACUGCAUCGGUUUCUGCCCGUCCCUUAACGGUUUCUUCAUCCAAAUUCAAACCCGCAUCCAGUAUACGCCGCGUGUCCCCGUCCGCUUCGCGUGCUUUUGUCGUUCAUUUCGCGCUUUAAUGAAGUUAUUGAGUGCGUGAUUCCGCUUCUAAUCUUUGGAAUCGGCUUAGGACGCUGCUCUGUUCAGGCAAAGGAUCAAAGCGGCAGAACCGGACGCGACACUUUUGGGCCGUCCGCUAAUUGAAAAGCGGCCUUCAGUGGAAACUCCAGUUCCCAAGGCAAUUGGCAAUUUCACGCCUCAGCUUAACCCGCGAAAGCCGUCGCAAUGAAGCUGGUCGUUUACCUCUACUUGUCCAUGAUUGUGCUGGGCGUUCAGGCAUGGCCCAGUGUGAAGCGCUCCUUUGAGCUGUACCCCAGCCCGGCGAUGCCGCACAAUGUGCACACGGUGGCAGAAUGCAUGCACGUGGCCUCCGAGGCAGGUGACUACAUCUUCAAGAAGCUGGCCCCCUUGCCCGGUCUCAACCGGGAAGCGGCGCUGCUCGAGCUGGAAGCCGUUGCAGCUGCUGGAGCUGGUCAGGGACUGGGACUGGAAUCGGGACUGGGAGUGGGAGUGGAAGAGCAGCCCGAGGUCUGUGGCCUGUAUGUGAUUGGGGAGCCCGACACAAUUGUGGAGAUUACAAUGAAGCACUACGACGCCAACUGCGAGACAGGAGCCCUCAUGGCGUUUGUUGAUGGCUGGGAGCUGAACGGUGAGUACUUCCCGGGCAUCAAGGAUCACCAUCGACCGCUGGAGGAGCGUGUCUACGAGUUCUGCAACAACUACAAGCAAUGGCCCCGUAUCAGCAACAAGAAGUUCUUCCGAUCCAGCCAGAAUGCCGCCCUGCUCCAGUAUCGCAUCCCCGGCCGAGGCUCCUUCGUGGCCAACGUGCGCUUCCACAAGAUCACACAACCCUGCAAUGUACUGGUCCAGGACACCGCCGCCGUCUACAAGAUGACAAACUUUGGACAAGCCCGCAACUGCACCAUCUCCGCGCUCUUUCCGGCCGUCGUGUCUUUGGCCAGUCUGCGGAUCGGCGGCAAGGGUGUGCGAACGCAGCCGAAGGUUAACUAUGACUGUCAGACGUUCGGGGAUCGCCUGGAGAUCGGCGGGUCCUCUGGUCUCGAUGCCAAUGGCUUGGAGCUCGCCAGCGCCGUGUGUGGAGCCGGAAAUGAGCCUGGACCCGAGCAGGCAAUUUUUUGCGGGGUGAGCACCGUGCGCCUGGUGUCCACGGGCCGCUACCAGAACCAGGCAGCCCUCAUCCUCCGCAAGGCCGAUGAGCAGGACCUCGACAUCGCCACGCUCAUGUGCGCGCUCUAAGCGACGUCCUGGACUCGUUCCACCUGUGUAUAUGUAUGUACAAAAGCAACGGCAGCGACAGCGGCAGGGGCAGAAGACGAAGCGAAGACAAAGACGAAGACACCCCCUCCCCGGACUCCAUCGUAGUGCUUAAACCCAAACUAAAACUUAAACUUAAUCCAAGCUAUUAGUAAUUCGCAAAGUAUUCGCUACCCGAGAGGCAUCUUGGGACUCUCUAUAUAUGUACUAUAUAUAUAUAUAUGUAUAUCGAACAUUCUGAGUGUUGACUACCAGAAUC